AUGCAGCUCCUUCACUUGAUGAACCUGGUACUUAUCCAGGUCGCAUGCGCUGCACCUGCUCCAGAUAAAAGUUUCCAACACGAUAUUCAACAGCUUCUGCGUAUUCCAGCAGGUCAACCAUUCCACCAACAGCCGAUUUCGCAAGAACCCGUCUCCCACAACCCACCCUUUUCACCAGGCCAUCGUGAUCCAUAUGACCACAAGGUCGACUCCGUGGGAGAUGAUCGACAGCCACUUCCUUUUAGAAAUGGAGAUGGCACGACGGUGAUGGGACCGCGGAACAGGGACCGCGAGCGUCAAAAUCCCGAUUUGGUCCGCCCUCCAAGUACUGAUCAUGGCAGUAUGCCUAACAUGAGAUGGAGUUUCGCCGAUUCGCACAUUCGUAUCGAGGAAGGAGGUUGGACGCGUCAGACUACCAUUCGAGAGCUGCCCACCAGCCGUGAGCUAGCUGGUGUGAACAUGCGUCUUGAUCAGGGAGUUAUCCGCGAGCUUCACUGGCAUACCGAAGCUGAAUGGGCCUAUGUCCUCGCCGGCAAAGUGCGAGUCACUGCGUUAGACACUGAAGGCGGCAGCUUCAUGGAUGAUCUGGAAGCCGGGGAUUUGUGGUACUUCCCUGCUGGACACCCUCACUCCCUUCAAGGUCUAGGAGAGAACGGUACAGAGUUCCUGUUAAUUUUCGACAAUGGACACUUCUCCGAAGAAUCUACUUUUAUUUUGACCGACUGGAUGGCACAUACCCCCAAGGCAGUUCUAGCGGAGAACUUCCGCAUCGCAGCCGACAAGUUCGACAAGAUCCCCACAUCCGAAAAAUAUAUCUUCAAGGGAACCAACCCUGGCAGCAUCGAACAUGAAAAGCCCCGGGGCUUCAAGAAGUCGAAGAUCAACUUCACACACCACAUGCACGAUCAAAAACCCAUUGAAACAUCUGGUGGUCGUGUCCGUAUCACAGACUCAUCUAUCUUCCCCAUCUCCAAGACAGUGUCCGCAGCACACCUCGAGAUCGCGCCGGGCGCUCUACGAGAAAUGCACUGGCACCCGAACGCCGACGAGUGGACAUAUUUCAAGAAAGGCCGAGCGCGAGUUACGAUCUUCGCUGCCGAAGGUAAUGCCCGGACGUUCAACUAUAUGGCCGGUGAUGUGGGAAUCGUACCUCGCAACAUGGGCCAUUAUGUGGAGAACCUCAGCGACGAUGAGCCUCUGGAAAUCCUUGAAAUCUUCCGGUCGGAUGCAUUCCAGGAUUUCUCGUUGGCUCAAUGGCUUGGAAGAACUCCUCCUCGUAUGAUUGCUGAUCAUCUAUACGCGUCGGAUCCUGAUUUGGCCGAGGAAUUCUUAAAGAAGAUUGAAGAUGCAGAGAAGGAUCCCAUCAAAGAUACCAUCUAG